GAGCGAAGAGAGCGAAAUCCAGAGCACACGGCGUCGCAUUUGGAACGCUCCUGCUCGUCGCACGUACGAAGCCCACGCGUCCGCGCACGUGCCAGAGCCGAGCCCCCGCGCCGGCGCCCCGCCGGAGAGGAUGACGCGGCGGUGCUCGCACUGCAGCAACAACGGCCACAACUCGCGUACCUGCCCCGUCCGCUCCGCCGGCGGCGGCAGCGGCGGCGGCGGGGUGAGGCUGUUCGGCGUGCGGCUCACGACGGCGCCGGCGCCGGCGGUGAUGAAGAAGAGCGCCAGCAUGAGCUGCAUUGUGUCCUCGCUCGGCGGCGGUUUCGGCGGCUCGUCGCCGCCGGUGGAAGGAGUGGGUGCUGGCAGAGGAGGGGAAGACAGUGGGACCGGCUACGUGUCCGAUGAUCCCGCGCACGCAUCCUGCUCGACGAAUGGCCGCGCCGAGCGCAAGAAAGGUACACCUUGGACUGAAGAAGAGCAUAGAAUGUUUCUGAUGGGUCUGCAGAAGCUUGGUAAGGGAGACUGGCGCGGGAUAUCCAGAAACUUUGUUGUUUCCAGGACCCCGACUCAAGUUGCAAGCCAUGCUCAAAAGUACUUUGUUAGACAGACAAACUCAUCGAGACGGAAGAGGCGGUCAAGCUUAUUUGACAUGGUCCCAGAAAUGCCAAUGGAUGAGUCCCCAGCUGCUGUGGAACAAUUUACUCUCCAAAAUACUCAAGAUGAAGAUACAAGUUCAAAUCACGUGCCAACCUUACAUCUUGGACAACGGAAGGAAACAGAGUUUGCUAAGCAGCUACAAACUUUUCAGCCAGGGCACCAUGAGAAAUCUGAAUACGCAGAACCUUCAUUGCUGCUACCAGAUUUGGAGAUGAACCCCAGUGUACCAUUCAAGACCAUAACUGAUCCAACAGGACCAGCAUUCUACCCAUCAUUGGUCCCUGUUCCACUAACUCUUUGGCCUCCAAGUGUUUCCCACGUGGAGGAAGCAGCCAGAACCCAUGAAAUCCUAAAACCAACUCCUUUGAAUGGUAAGGGGGUGGUUAAGGCAGAUGAUGUUGUUGGUAUGUCUAAGCUCAGCAUCGACGAAGCUAGCUCUGGCUCCAUGGAACCCACUGCUCUUUCCCUUGAGCUUAUUGGAUCCACAGAUACAAGGCAAUCAGCUUUUCAUGUGAGUCCACCGAUGAAUAGACCUGAACUAAGCAAGAGAAACAGCAGUCCAAUUCAUGCAGUUUGAGGAAGCAUGAAACAUGCCCGCUGGGUCAAGUCUUACAAAUUAUACUGAUGGUCUCAAUACCUCAGAACGUGACCAUGUACUUUGUAACGACUUUUUAGUUAUCCUGUUUCCAGCUUAUGUUCCUUGCCAUCGACAAAUGUAGAGAGAUACAUGUGUCAAUGGAAGUAGCAUGCCAUUAGUUUCA